AUGGGCGAUAAAUCUUCAGAUUGUCAUCCGCAACCGCGGAAGAACACCUCCAAGAUGUCCGCAACACCACUUGCCGCUCGAGGUGACCGCAUUAACAAACUGAAUCCGGCAGUAAUUCACGAGUAUUCAGACUCGCUCAAGCCGACGUGCUCAGAAGUUGCUAGAGUGGAGAGCAAUGGCGAAAAGGAGAACACCGAUUCCGAGAAGCAGCGACUGCUUUUCAAGGGUGCGAUUGAUCGCGGCGGAGAAAAUAAGGCUCCCGAUCCAAAUCAGACCACUCGAGAAGAUCUGGAUCGAGAUACGACGUCAGACGUUCCUGCUACGGGUACGGAAGAUUUCCGGGCCCUACUGCGUCGGCUAUUGAAGGACAACAAUGAUAUUCCUGGCGCAACAACCGACGAUAAAACCGAGCAUCUCUUAGGCGUCGCCAAGGAUAUCAAACACAUCAAAGAGAUUGUGGGACUGUUGGACCCUAACUGCAAACAUGUCCUCGGGUCCCUUGUUGCGAACUUCUGUGCGAAGGAAUAUCUAGUUCUCAUUACCGACAAGUACGAGGACUUUGCGCUGGGCUAUCUCAUAACCAGCGCGGAUAAGCAUGGGCUUAGCAGAAAGCCCCCAGAGAUAGCGGCACGAGGCGUCUAUGUUGUCCGGCAAGGCGAAUCUCUUGAUUUCGAUGAUUCCCAGUUCCCUCCGGUGGAAGUAGCCAGACGUUGCGGAUACAAGCCGUACAAAGGGUCGCAUUAUGAUAGCGGCGUGGGCGUUGACGGAUUUGAUACUCUCUCAAGCGGCAAUGGUUUGGUCGAGAUUCACGAAGUAGACCAAUAA